AUGAGGCCGCCGGACAUGGGUGAUCCUGGCGGCAGCUCCUUGUCCCGGCCACACGGCAAGCAGGAGCUGCAGCCGGAGGUGGUUCUCUACACGGCGUCAGCUUCAGCGUCGCGCCACAGAACGCGCACCUCCGCCGACCUCUACGCCUUGUGCGCCCUGCUGCGCAGCUACGGCCUGGCCGUGGACGUGCGCGACGUGUCCAGGAGCAAAGCGCACCGCUGUGAGCUCAAGUCGUUGCUUGCGGCUCGGGGCUGCGCCUUCUCCCUCCCGCAGCUCCUCGUGGGCGGCCGGCUCGUUGGCGGCCCUGAGGAUGUUAGGAAGCUGCACCAGGCCGGCGGGCUGCGGCAACUCCUGGACGCCGCCCCAAGGCCGAGUCCGGCCUUCGUCUGCCAAGCCUGUAAGAGGGUCGGCUCCGAGCCGUGCCCAAAGUGCAGCGAGUCCCGCAACAAGAUGCUGGAUCACGGCAUUGUUGAGGAGGAGGAGGAGAGGGUUGUCUAUUUUUAUCCAACCCAAGAUGUUUCAGUGGGAGGUAGAGAUGGUGGAGAGCAGCAUGAUCUGGUCUCGUGGAGCAAUACCAUUGGUGUGAUAGGUCGUGACCUCUUCAUCUAUUGCCUUCACCGCCUCUCCAGGUGGGAAUAUGGCGCCAUCGCAUCCCUCAACCAUGAUUUCAAUUCAGUGGUUCGCAACGGGGACAUCUACCGCCUGCGUCGCAUGAACGGGAUCGCAGAGCACUGGAUCUACCUCUCAGCUUGCAGUAAUAAUCCUCUGGAGUGGGAGGCUUAUGACCCGUCCACUGGGCGCUGGAUCCAACUUCCCAAGAUGCCACCGGCUGAAAGCAUAUUCAUCUGGGAGUCGCUUGCUGUAGGAACAGAGCUGCUGGUGUUUGGGGACAGAGGAAGGGUUGCCUUGAGAUAUAACAUCCUUACCAAUUCAUGGACAUGGCUGGCUGAUGCGAUGAACACCCCACGGAUCGCGUUUGGGUCAGCGAGUGUUGGUGAAAAGGCGUAUGUUGCGGGAGGCGUUGAUUCUUCUAUUAAAAUAUUGAGCUCCGCAGAGAUGUAUGACUCGGAGACACAUACCUGGACACCCCUUCCCAGCUUGAAUAGGGCUAGGUUCAGAUGCUCUGGAGCGUUCAUGGAUGGCAAGUUCUAUGUGAUCGGUGGUCUUACCAGUAGCAACGAGGUAUUGACAUGCGGUGAGGAGUAUGACUUGAACCGGCGGUCAUGGAGGGUCAUCCACAACAUGUCUCAGGGGCUCAACCAGACAUUUUGGGGAGCUCUUCCGCUCAUUGCAGUUGUGAAGAAUGAGCUUUAUGGCCCUGAUUAUAGUGAGAAUAAUGAUUUGAGGCAGUAUGAUAAGAUGGACAGCAAGUGGAUAACUCUUGGAAAAUUGCCUGUACAGUCUAAGAAAGAGGGCAAGGACAUGGGUUUCCGAGCGUGUGGUGACCGGCUGAUUGUUAUUGGGCCUCCAAACAAUUCUACUGAUGAAAACGUGGUUGAGCUUCAUUCAUGGACCCCGGAUGGGCAACCACCUGUGUGGAGUUUGUUUGCAACACGGCCAUACAGGGAGGGCUGGAUUCAGUCAACAUGCGCCAUGAUGGGUUGCUGA